AUGCCAGCGCAAAGUGAAGCUCUAGAGUCGGCAGAAGAUUGGACAGGCCUGACGUCAAGUCAAGAGCGGAGGAAACUUCAAAAUCGCCUCAACCAAAGAGCACGUCGUAGGAGAAUGAAGCAUGAGACGCUUCGUCAAUUACAAGGCGUGAUAAACGAAACCGUAGCAGAAGCCGAAUCAUCCAGUCAUCUGCAGAGCACGACGGGAGACGAAGGCUACGCGCUUCUUUCAUGCCCAAAGAGGAGGAACGAGUUGAUGAUCCUCGCACAAGAGGCACGACGGAAUGAUUCUCUAGGAACUCCCGCGCCCCGACAACUCAGCGCCCUCGUCACGCUAAACCUGCUGACUGCUCUCUGGCGCAACACACAAAUCCUGGGCUUCGACGUACACUCCAUCUGUGAGGAUGACUUUAUCUCUCCGUUCAACCUCCAAGGCCCGGAUCUCCCCUGCUACCCUCGUCAGGAACUGUCAUGGCCUCCAUAUUUGCGUCCGACGGAAGCGCAAAAGAAGAUUACGCACCAUCCUUUUCUUGACGUUUUCCCGUUUCCGUCGCUGAGAGAAGCCGGCAUCCGGGCCGAGGAGCUCGGUUUCUUUGACGAAGACGACUUUUGCGUCGAUAUAUUUCAUCUUGAUGACAAGAAGGACAGCGUAGAGCGACCACAAUUGAUAGUCUGGGGCGAGUCUUGGGAUCCCCGUGGCUGGAAAGUCAACGCCGCGUUCCUGCGGAAAUGGGGCUGGAUGGUGCGAGGUUGUCCAGAAUUACUCGAGGGCACGAAUUACUGGCGGCAAAGAAGGGGCGAGAAGAAAAUGAAUUUCAAUCUCAAUCGUUGA